AUGUCAGACUCGGAAAAUUCGCCGAGUUCUUCACCACCAGCACCACCGGCAGAUUCCGUUCCACCACCGUCGGAAAAAUCUGCUCCUCCGCCAUCAGAUUCGUCAUCCCCUCCACCGCCGCCGUCAGAACCAUCGCCUCCUCCUCCCGAGUCAAAGCUUCCUCCUUUACCUUCGAUUCUACCUCCAUUAACGGACACUCCGCCUCCACCUUCCGAUUCUACACCGGCCGAUUCUCCACCGCCUCCGACGUCAACUAAAUCCCCUUCUCCUCCGACGGAUUCAGAAACACCACCGGUUCCUCCAAACGAUUCCGGUAAUAACUCUCCUCCGCCUCCUGAUGACGUUCAGUCUCCUCCUCCACCAUCAUCGUCAUCUUCACCACAACCGGAAAACCCACCGUCAGAAUCUCCUCCAGCUACACCCACCGAUUCACCUCCGUCUCCACCAUCAGACCCAACAUUACCUCCCCGAAUCCAACCAUCAGGACCAAUCAAUUCACCUCCGGUUAAUCCAAACGCACCACCGACCCCAUUCAACGCAAAACCACCACCCAAACUCAACAAUGGACCCGUUGUGUCUCCAUCUCUAACAGUACCCACCAAAGAAACACCUUCUUCACCAAGCCGUAGUAGCAAUGGAGAUGGUUAUCAAGGGAAGACUGUGGUCGGUAUGGCUGUAGCCGGUUUCGCAAUCAUGGCGCUAAUAGCUAUUGUGUUCUUAGUUAGAAGAAAGAAAAAGAGAAACCUUGAUAGCUAUGGACACUCACAGUACUUGCCACACUCUAAUUUCUCUGUAAAAUCAGAUGGAUUCUCAUACGGUCAAGAUCCUGGUAAAGGUCCAUACUCAGGUCCUGGUGGUACAAUGUAUAAUUCGCAGCAACAAUCGUAUACGGGAAACAGCUAUGGGAGCCAAAGAGGUGGUCAUCAAUAUAAUAAUGGCACACCUGACUCUGCGGUCCUCGGAAGUGGCCAGACUCAGUUUAGCUACGAAGAGCUCGCGGAGAUAACUCAAGGCUUUGCUCGUCAAAACAUUCUUGGAGAAGGUGGGUUUGGAUGCGUCUACAAAGGUACAUUACAUGAUGGUAAAGUUGUUGCGGUUAAGCAGCUUAAAGCUGGAAGUGGACAAGGCGACCGUGAAUUCAACGCAGAGGUUGAGACUAUCAGCCGUGUUCACCAUCGUCAUUUGGUCUCUCUGGUCGGUUACUGCAUUUCAGACCCGCAUAGAUUGCUUAUCUACGAGUAUGUUUCAAAUCAAACGUUGGAUCAUCAUUUACACGGAAAGGGACUGCCGGUUUUAGAAUGGUCUAAGCGAGUCCGGAUUGCUAUAGGAUCAGCCAAAGGUUUGGCAUAUCUGCACGAAGACUGUCAUCCGAAAAUCAUUCACAGGGACAUAAAGUCAGCAAACAUUUUACUGGAUGAUGAAUAUGAAGCUCAGGUUGCUGAUUUUGGACUUGCUAGACUUAAUGAUACAACGCAAACUCACGUAUCAACUCGCGUUAUGGGGACCUUCGGGUACCUUGCGCCUGAAUAUGCAUCAAGUGGAAAACUGACUGAUAGAUCUGAUGUUUUCUCGUUCGGUGUUGUUCUCUUAGAGCUCGUAACGGGACGCAAACCAGUUGACCAGAAUCAGCCUUUAGGAGAAGAGAGUUUGGUCGAAUGGGCACGCCCACUCCUUCUCAAAGCCAUUGAGACCGGAGAUUUCAGCGAACUGAUUGAUAGUCGACUCGAAAAGCAUUAUGUAGAGCAUGAAGUCUUUAGAAUGAUUGAGACAGCCGCUGCUUGUGUUAGACAUUCUGGUCCAAAACGUCCACGCAUGGUUCAGGUUGUAAGAGCAUUGGACAGCGACGGAGACUUGGGAGAUAUUAGCAAUGGAAUCAAAGUUGGACAAAGCACAACUUAUGACUCAGGGCAAUACAACCAAGACAUCAUGAAGUUCAGGAAAAUGGCGUUUGGCUUUGAUGAUAGCUCAGAGUCAGGAAUGUACAGUACUGGAGAUCACUCUGUCAAAAGCUCUUCUGAUUUCUCAGCAAAUGAAUCUGAGACUCGACCUUUCAAUAACCGACGGUUCUGA